UAUCUGUGUGUCUGAGAGAGAGAGAGAAAGACAGACAGAUUAUGGAAAUGAAACCAAACUUUCUUCUCUGUCCAGAAACAGAAGAAAUAGCCAAGAUGGUGACCAUCACUGUGAUCGUGUUCAGCUUUAUACUCACUAAAGCUUUUUCUGCCCAUGUGAAAGCCAAUACAGAAUUAGUCACCUUGUUCUAUGGAGAGGAUUUCCACAUUUUGUUGCCUUCCAAUGAGACGGAGGUCACCUUUCGGAAUCGCUCUUCUCCACGAUCUGGAGACGUGGCCCUGAUGCGGCGGGGCGUAUCAGUCAGCAGCAUGGUGAAACACAACAAGCUUCUUCGCCACCUGAUUGUGGACGCCGUGGACGAGGGAGACGAGGGCGUGUAUACGGUUAAGAAUCCGGACAAGCCAGAUGACAUCAGACGCAUAAUACUUGUAGUACGAGAUUGCUCCAGUGAGGAUAGCAUUAAAUAUGGAGACAACUUCCGCAUUCAUCUGUCAGGCGUGACUCCUCCUAUAACCCUGGAGUACAGGCCCAGUGCUGUGGAGGCCAACCUGACGUCCAGUCCUGCCCUGGUGCUGUUCACCAGUACAAAUGAAAGCAGGGAAGGUUACGAAGGCCGCUUCAGCAUCGACAGCCACCACAUCACCCUCAGUGCUGUCACAGGAGAGGAUAAGGGCAGUUACACCAUCAGGGAUACUGGGGGCGUUAUCAGAAAGAAAGUCUGUCUCAACGUAAAAGAUCACCAGCAUUUUGUGAAGUUACCUUAUGGCAAAAAGCUGAAGAUCAACCUGAUACUUAACAGCUCCUUGGUCCAACUCCAUUUCACGCGGGAAGGCGAGUCCACAGCCCACCUGCUGAUGGUCAAAGGAGAAUUCACCAGUGCCCAAACAGAGCUGGGGUUUGAGAAUCGUCUCUCAAUGGAUGGUUUAGUGGUUUAUCUGGAUCAGGUCAAGAGGACCGAUGAUGGAGUCUUCAGAGUAACGGACCUACUGGGUUUCCCUGUGUCGUCCUUUCACCUGGAAGUACAGCCCUACAGACUGGAGUCACUGUAUGUGGCCAUCAUUGCCCUGCUGGGCCUGCUGGUCUUCCUUCUGUUGGUGUGUCUGCUGUCCUGCCUGAUCAAAGUGAAAAAGAGGGCGAAGAGGGCUGCUGCCUUGGAGAAGAUUGCAAAGAAUGCUGGCAAAGAGGAUGAGGGAGACGCCUUCAGACAGGUGGUGAAGAAUAUCACUAAACUCAGCGAGGAAUCAAAGCACUCCCAGGCUGAUAAUACUGAGAAAUCUCAGAGCACUGAGGUUGACAUUAAAGGCCUGGAGGUUUCCUCUAAGGAGGUUGGAGUUGGUAACUUGGAGACCAGUGACUCGGGUGUUGGAUUUAACACCGCUCUCCUGCUGGACACCGACACUGAUGCCCCAGAUCAAAUCCCUGACUCUGAGGCUGUUAGCAUCUCUGUUGCUCCUGACACCAAGCCAGUAUCACCAUCUGCUACUGAGACCAAGCCAACCAUUCCACCAGCGAUGGAAAUAAAGUCCAGUCCAGGACCUGAAACGAAAGUCAGCUCAACACCUGAGCCCAAGAAAUCCCCUGAUCUGCCUGCAGAUCAGAAGGACCAGAAGAUGGCAGCGCUCAAGCCAACAGCAGAAGUUAAGAGUAGCCCAGUCCUGAUCGCUGAACCCAAGGUUGGUCCAUCUGAUCCAAAGCCUGCGACCAGCCCAAGCCCAGAGCCUAAAGCAGCUACACCUAAAACCACCACCUCACCACCUAAAAUUAAGAGCGCCAUGACACCCACACCAGAACCUAUUCUGAUCACCAAUGGUACACCUGAGCCUGGACCUGAUUCCAAACCAAGCCCAGACCACGCUGAACUUAUUGGGGGCUCAUCUAUGAAAGGAGGCCUCCCAAAAACCCCUGAGACAGAGGUGAAACCUGGCAGUGCUGGAGAGGUGAAAAUUGAAGCCAGCAAAGAGAGCACCUUGAUCUGAAGUCACAAAGUUCUCCAUCCACCAACAGUUUAGACAAUCCAACCCCGUUACCAAAUACUGACAAAACAAACCCCUGCUACCGGGGUAACCAUGGGAUUUAUUACGUCUGACAGCUGAACACAGUAUUACCUAGAACAGUAUCACACUUGGCAAAAUUAACACUUAGUUUCUGGGAUUUAUUUAUUUAUUUAUUUUUUUGUAACUUUGGAAACUCUUUGCUUAACUAAAUACAGGAUUCUUGUUUGUUAAACAUUCAUUUCAACCUAUUCUUAAAAUAACUUCACAGUAAAACUGCCAGACUGCAAACAAAAAUCUUUGCAGCGUUUACUAUUAAAACACUAACUCCGCAUAAAGUCAUUUCUAACACCAUGAUAAGAACUAAUUUUACUAAAAUUAGAAUUUAGUACAAAUCCUGAGUUGUGAUAAAACAGAAGAAAUGCUUGAAACUUUCAGAAUUUGUUAAUGGAGCAAACUCACAUUUUUUAAUUUGUGUGAUGACGCUGUUUUAAUCAGAUUACUGUACAUCUUUAGGAAGGGAACUAAAGCCCUUUUGGGGUGUGUGACAACAGUUUGACUUUGAAUGGAGCUUAAAUGUGAAGGUUAUACAAAAAUAACAACACUGCUGACAUACUGUAUAUGCAAAAAUAAACACAGAUGAACACUGCAUGACCUUAAUAACACAAAAAUACACUAACAGUACUAAUACUACUAUCUCUAGUCUUUGAGGUUGUGAUUCACACUCCGACUAGUUCCUGUAUGACCCGUGACUAAAAUUACUUU